UCUGGCCUUUGGAUCGACGACGCGAGGUCGGGGCGAUCUACAACGAUGCCGCCAAAGAGGAAGACGACGACAGAGAACGAGGAAGAAUCAGACGAGCUGCUGCGCAAGCAGGCACGCACGGGCGACAGAGAUGCAAGGCAGGCGAGCACCUCGAGCUUCGGCGACGGGGCCACAUCAUCCCAGACAUCGCCCGAUUUGAGCACGUCGUCUCCAAGUGGCGCAACCAGAAAGCCGCGCAGGCAGGCAUCGACCCGGGAACCGGUCCAGAGCUUCGCAUACGGAGCCCAGGAAGAUCCCAACCAGAAGAGAAAGUCGAUUGGCAACACCUCCGCAAAUGGCGGGCUGAGGGGCAGCAGCAGCAGCAACAACAACAUUGUUGAUACCGCUUCGAACAAGUCAGCGGCGCAAACGCAAACGCAGGAUGCGAAGACGAGGUACACCAAUCUGAGGGAGAGGCAACGACAGAGAAGCAGAACACCGACGACGAACCACUUGCCGUUAUCCACCAGCGCCGAGAGUCCACGGCGUUCAAAGAGACUGAGCGAGACUGGGAGCCAGGACGGCGUGGGGCUAAAUGCGUCCGAUGCUGCCUUGGCGCUGCGCCAAACUAUUGAAACGAUCGAGGAGGACCAGGCUGUCGAGGAACCCAGAUCGGCGGCAGCACCACCCGCAGCGUCGCGGAGUCGAUCCAACUUCAGCCCUGGAGCUGCGCGAAGCCACGCCUCUGGCUCUGGCUCAGGCAAUGGUGGUGUGGGUGUCAAUCGCGGCUCUGGCCUUGGCCAUCUCAGCAGCUUCUAUCUCUCGCGGCCAGAGUCUGUGCUGCCUGACGACAUUGCCAAUCCGCAAGACAACGCACGGAUGCUGGCGCCGUCUUUAUUGAGAGGCGCUCAAAAGCCCAGCCAUGACCCAAUGUCGCCUCCAGAUGGGAUGGACAUGACCAGCUUCCGAUCGAGCGAGAUGGGGGACUCGAGGUCGAAUGAUUACGAAGAGGACAGCGCUAUAGCUCGUCAAUUUGACGAGCAGAUGUCGCCGCCUAUGCCCUCGAGCAGCCGCGGAUGGUUGGGCAGCCUGGUAGGAUCCCGCGAGGAAGGCCGCAAUGGAAGCCGGCAUGGCCCUGGGCAGAGGAGAGGACGCAUAUCGGACGAGAACAAGGCUUACCGUCCUCCAGCACAGGAUGAGGAAAGCGACGACAACGAUUCGGACCUCAGUGCCGAGGGGCGGAAACACGGUCACAGGAGAAAGAAAGAAAACUUGAAAAUGGGUGCGAGGGGAGGCCGAGACGACAAUGAAAUCUGGAAGUCAAAGAAGAGAAAGGGAAGAACUAGCAAGACAAGCCAACAAGACGGAGAGGGGGGCGGGGAGGAGGAAGACGUCGGAGCGGAAGAUGAGACGCUCGACGUACCGACCGAUCCAGAUACGACGACCGAGACUGCCAUUAACAAACGGCCAGCCUCAAAUGCUCGCAAGUCGAGAGCGUCCCCAACAAAGAAGAAGCCUAAAUAUGACGACCACCAACCAGACGACGGGAAGGACGAAGCACAGAGGUCGACGUUGUCGAGAUAUCUGUGGGGCAUCAUCGGGGCUGUUCUCACUGCGUUUAUCGUCGGAGCUCUGGUUCAUCGAGAUUCUGCAUUGUCUGGCUCCAGGACGUUUGAUUUCUCUGGGGCGGCCCCCGGAACUGCGGCGGAGUAUGGGCAAAGGCUGGUUGAUGUUGAGAAGCGCUUGGCGUCAUCCUUCUCCGGUCUGGACAAAAAAAUCGCUGGCAUCAGUAAGACGACUUCUGCCCGAAUCGAGGAGCUUGCAAGCGAAGGUCGUGUGUUUGCAACGUCCUUGCAGAAGCUCGAAAGGACGAUGGAGGCUUCGAAAAGCGGCUUGGAAGCGCGCAUACAGCGGGCAGAACAAGACGUUCAUCGCUCGGAGAAGGAACGGCAGACGCUGCGAGAUGCACUCUCUUCAAUAGAGCAGCAGGUGCACGAUGGGGACACUGCCGGUGAUGCCAAGGUCCUUGAGAAGAGGCUUUCUGCGCUUCAAGAUCGAAUGGACCGGAAUGAGGCGAAAAUUUCGCAGAUGAAAGAGGCGAUGGACAAGACGACAAAGCUUGCCGACAAGGCUCACGAAGGAUUGGCAUCGCUGGAGAAGAUUUUGCCAAGCCAGAUUGCCGUUCGCACCGACAGCAAAACCGGGCAGCCAGUCCUCGAUGCGUCGCUCCUGGUUGCGCUUAAGAAGGUCUUUGCUGAGAAAGGUAGCGAACCAAAGGCACCGAGUGGCGACACUGCAUCGACGGCAACGCCGAGAUGGGAUGCGUUCAUUGCUGAAAACCGGGAGAAUCUCCAGGCGCUGAUGAUUGAGACGCUGGACGAUGGUAUCGACUCGCGAACACAAUCAGGCGUUAUUCUGGAUCGAGAAAAGUUCACACAGCUCCUUGGACGGGAGCUCAAAAGCGCGAAGAGGGCGCUCGAAGAGAAGUUUAACGAGAACUUCAGCACAAUGCAGUCCAACAUCGAGGCAAAUCUGAAGAAUAGCUCUCCGAGGUCUGCUGGAAGAGCUACUGGCAAGCAGACGAUCAAAACGUCGACCAACUCGCCGACGUGGGCGUACGACUACCUCUCCUCCGCAUUGGGCGAGCACGAUGAUAUUACUGCUGCAGACGCUGUCAUUGCUCUUAUUCAAGCUGCUUUGGACAAGUACAGCGCUGAUCGGACGGGCAAGCCCGAUUUUGCCCUCGCAACAGCUGGCGGCCGGAUCAUUCCCUCGCUGACAUCACCCACAUUCGCCGAUGUCAGGGCGCGAGCUCCUUCCUAUAUCUCGACGUGGUUCGGAGCGAGAGGCAACUCGCCAUCGCCGAUCGUACAUCGAGUCCCGCACCUGGCCAUUCACCACGAUACCAGCCAGGGCAUGUGCUGGCCCUUUGCGGGAGAAGAGGGUCAGCUGGGUAUCGGGCUUUCCAGGAAAAUCAUCGUGACGGACGUUACGCUAGAUCACCUCCCGCUCGAGAAUGCUUACGGCGAGGACAGGUCUGCGCCACGGGAUGUGACCGUUUGGGGUCUCGUCGAGAGGAAGGAUGAUUUGUUGAAGCUCAAAGCUUACCGAGCCAACAAGUUUGCAAUGCCCUCGCAGGCGGAACAGGCGCUAGAAGAAGGUGGGAUGGACGAGCCCGCUCCAGCCCCUCCUGCGCCCAACCACCUGCUGCUGGCUAGCUUUACAUACGACCUUUCAAAGGGGGCUAGCGCUGUGCAGACUUUUCCGGCCUCGACUGAGGCACAGCAGAUGCAGAUUCCCAUCCAGAUUGUCAAGGUCCACUUCACCUCCAACCACGGGAACCGCCAGUUCACCUGCGUCUACCGAGUGAGAAUCCACGGCGAAGAGUGGAUCGCCUGAUCUCGCUUUCGCCUUUUUCGAUCGCCUCCCUGUUGUACCAAUUAAAAGCACCAUAGGAACGUCCCUCUCCAUUCUCUGUUGUAUCUAGGGCACGACGUGCGAUUGUUGUACAGUACAAUAACAUCAGUCUUCUCAGG